AUGGAUACUCUUGCAAGGAUUAGAUUCCUCUCCAAUUGUUACACUUUUCAGUUCCCCAAAACCCCUGCAUUAUCUCCUUUCCCAACUGCUUUUUCAACAACCACACAUUUUGUUUCACCACUAAGAGCUACUCGUACCACCACCACCACCACCAGUACCACCGCUACAGUGAGCGAUGUGGAUGAGGAAGUCUUGCAAAUAUUUUUGAAGGAGAGAGAAUUAAAUGGGGAUUUUGUAUCAAGAACUUCUGAUUUAAUAUGGCGGAUGAACUCCGGAAAUUCUGGUGAUUAUGAUGUUAGUGAGCUCACCGACAACAAUUCUCAACAAACAGAACAGAUCAUAGAGACUAACAGUGAUGGCGGUUUUUUGAAACUUUCGAGUACCCAAGAGUGGGUAUUAGGUAACACUUCUGCACCAAUAAACAGGAAGAUGACUGCCAAGACAAUCCAAGACAACAGAGCAAGACUCAAGAAACUGGAGGCACUCAAAUAUCAAUCUCUCAAGAGAGAAUUACUACUUCUCUCUGUGGGUAUUGGAUUGGCUUGUAGUGGAUAUUGCUUGGUAGUUUUUUCUGUACAGGCUGCUUUAAGUUAUGCGGUUGGAGUCCUUUUCAGUUGCUUGUACCUUCAGCUCUUGUAUCAACACGCGGACAACAUAUCAAGUGAAAACGUUCCUCAAAUAUUUAGGAAAAAGACGUCAAAAAAAAUUGGUAUAAGAAGCGAGGACCUUAAUGAUUUUUUCGAGAAAACAAUCAGGGGUAGCGGUAUAUCACUUUCAUCUCCAAGGCUCGUGAUCCCAGCAGCAAUUUAUGGACUUUGGGCUUUGUCUCAUCAGUAUUUUACCAAUGACUUGUUUGAUUUUCAGCUUGUGCCAGCCAUGGUUGGGAUGUUUGUCUACAAGGCUGCUGCUCUAGUGCAAGUUUACAGAGACAAUAAAGAGUUAGGCUUUGAAUUUCCAGAAGAUUAUUGA